AUGUCGGAUCAAAUCGGUGGCCUCAGCGUUGGCAUGGUCAACCUGGUCGUCUUCCUCGUCAUCAUCGGCACCGCCUUUCUCGCCUCCAUGGGAUGGGGCUUCUAUCGAAUGUUCAAGGGCGGGUCUAUGAGUUUUCCCGGAGCCCAAGAACCUGGUCAGGAUCAAGUGAAUUAUAUGCGGCAGGUUCGAUACCGCACUCGAUUAGGCAUGUUUGUUGCCAGUCAGGAGGCAAAAAAGGCAAGUAGGAACUCGAAGAUGACUGAUGAGGAGAGUUCUUAUCACUAUGCAUGA